UCUCCAGCUUGUCGGGCAGCAAGGAACUUACGGGUGUGGCUUCGAACGUGAUAAAUCUAUACGAAAGGACAUCAUGCAUAACGGCAAUCGUACAUUAUAAAGGACUCAAUUAAAACAUUUGAAAAACAGAAGAUAACCGAUUACUGCACCAUAGUAGGUGUGUGAAUGUGGUGUAAUUGAAAGGCCAUUGGCAUCGGAAUCCGAUCUGCUCAGUUUUAACAGCUGGAAUACUUUUGCUGAAGUUCGUGGCCCUUAUGGUGUUACCUGCUAAGCUGAACGAGGAUUCAUUAAUGACAAUUUUCCGCAAAAGUUCCUUAUAGUUCCUGACCUUGUUCUAACAGAUGCGUUUAAAUUGUUCCUAUUGGCAAGCUUACUACUGAAGAGCAGAAAUUUGGACGCUGAAAUCCAUUGAAAAUUCUUUGGAAAUUGUCAUAGUUCUGAAAUUUGCGACUCGUUAAUGUUCACAUUUACAAUCUAUUUUAUCAAAGGGGAAGUAGCAUUUCUCAACUCCAGUGCUUAGGGACAGCUUUUAUUUUUAAAUAAAAGCUUCCAGGCACACCAGUGUCGCCAAGAUUAUUUUUCUCUGUAAUAUUUUACGAAAAGCAGCAGUCCUGAAGCGUGCACUUGGAACCAUGGGUUGUACAGUGAGUCAGGAAGAUAAAGCCGCGGCCGAGAGGUCCAAAAUGAUUGACAAAAACCUUCGAGAAGAUAGAGACAAAGCGGCCAGAGAAGUGAAACUGCUCUUAUUGGGUGCUGGGGAGUCAGGGAAGAGUACCAUUGUGAAGCAGAUGAAAAUUAUCCAUGAGGAUGGCUACUCAGAAGAUGAGUGUAAGCAGUACAGAGCUGUGGUCUACAGCAACACCAUCCAGUCCAUCAUGGCCAUCAUUAAAGCAAUGGCAAACCUGAAGGUCGACUAUGAGGAUGCUGCCAGAGCAGACGAUGCCCGCCAGCUGUUUGCCCUGUCGGCGGCUGCGGAGGAGCAGGGCAUCCUACCAGAGGACCUGUCCAACAUCAUCCACAGGCUCUGGGCCGAUGGAGGUGUGCAGGGCUGCUUCACCCGCGCACAGGAGUAUCAGCUCAACGACUCGGCUGCCUACUACCUAAACGACCUGGAAAGGAUAGCCAAAGCAGACUACAUCCCAACACAGCAGGACGUGCUGCGGACCCGAGUGAAGACCACCGGCAUCGUGGAGACACACUUCACCUUCAAAGACCUGCACUUCAAGAUGUUUGAUGUGGGUGGCCAGCGCUCUGAGAGGAAGAAGUGGAUCCACUGCUUCGAGGGAGUGACAGCCAUCAUCUUCUGUGUGGCCAUGAGUGCCUACGACUUAGUGCUGGCUGAGGACGAGGAGAUGAACCGCAUGCAUGAGAGCAUGAAGCUGUUCGACUCCAUCUGCAACAACAAGUGGUUCACCGAGACCUCCAUCAUCCUGUUCCUCAACAAGAAGGACCUGUUUGAGGAGAAGAUUGCCCACAGCCCACUGACCAUCUGCUUCCCAGAGUACACUGGUCCUAACAAGAAUGAGGAGGCCCAGGCCUACAUCCAGACCAAGUUCGAGGACCUGAAUAAGAAGAAGGACACCAAGGAGAUCUACACCCACUUCACCUGCGCCACCGACACCAAGAACGUGCAGUUCGUCUUCGACGCCGUCACCGACGUCAUCAUCAAGAACAACCUGAAGGACUGCGGUCUCUUCUAGUGCGAAGAGAGAGAGACGCUAGAUGACUUGAACAGUUCUGAUGACCAGAAGGACAGGGAAUUCACACGUCUUGAACGACUGCACUGGCAAACCAUGAUUUCUGCUUUGAUCUGCUUUUGAUAAAGACACCUAAGAGACUGAACUCGGCGAGCCAAGCAGAAUUGUAACGAUUGCUGAUCCAGUUGCUCGUAUUGAUAACUCUGGGCUAUGACCACAAAUCAUUUACUGUGUUUUUGUUGUUCUACUUUUACUUCAUCCAUUUCAAUUAUUAGAGGAAGCAAAGGAAAUGUUUUUAUAUAAAUGCAUUCAUUUUACUUUUAGAAAAUCUGAUGUGCAGAUUCUAUUAAACUUUUAAUUGCAAAAAGCGAGGCACAGGCAUGGACAUAGAAUAUGAUCUAAAAAGGAAAGUGCUUUUUUAUAACGUUUACAUGUGUUCUUCAUUCAUAGCCAAACCACAUACUGUCCUGCAUGUCUCAAAAUGGCAAAUAUAUUAGCUCAAUAAUCUGCACAAAAAUAUCUUAACAUUCCUUUUAGAAAAAUCUUUAAAAAAUAAAAAAUAAAAUAAAAAAAGCUUCACAAGCAGGGGAAAAAUGGCAAAACUGAUAUUUAAAGUAUGUAUGUAUCUAACAUUCUGUUUUUUUAUAGUCCCAAUUUCCAUGUCUUUUGCAAAAUGUUUGUGCGUUCACUUCAGUUUACAACAAAUUCCUAGAUAUGCUUUCAUCAGUACCGUCUGGCCUACCGUACGCCUCCAUCUUCCUUCUGUUUUCUUCAUACUGUCUAAGAAUGCAUUGAUACAUUAUGAGAGACAAAAAUCUAAUUGAGAAAAAAGUUUUUGGUAAAUAUUAAAUGCUUUAAAGUCCUAUAUGAUGAUUUAAUUUAAAUAAAAGUAGAGAUCACCUGA